AUGACAACAAUCGAUGAGAGGCAGUAUUUAGGAACAUGGUCCAUUAUGCAGAUCGCUUCAGGUACACAGGAAUCUGUACAAUCGCUGAGGAUGGAGCCCUUGCCCCUGUCCGGAGUCGCUUUGAAGCAUUUGGCGCUCUUGCAGCGGCUGAGAGAAGAAAAAGACUACACUUUUGUUUACAUGAAAUAUGCUGUGCCACCUUCUUCGCCUUAUUUUGAUCUGUACUGCUAUGUAGAGGUGCCUUACGAGGAGACCGAUGGUCAGACUUUCGCAACCGCUUCCACAAAAGGGAUAAUUCAAAUAUUUCCCAAAGAAGCGGUUUUUACACCACUUGACGAAUGGGAAAGGGAAUUUAUAUUAUUCUCAAAAAUACGCCAGAUUCGUACUUUCAAAACAUUCCGUACCUGGAAAGCGUUUUCCUGCUGGAAGAGCGGCCUGGCGCGUCGCAAAUUCUUGAAAACCCAAGAAGCCCUGAAUAAAACUUUGUACAUUUUGGACGAGCCUCUGCGCAAGGUUGCAGUGGACGUGCAAAAGCAUUUAGCCGAAUUGGAAGAGGAAUCUUUUGUGGACGUUGCCACGAAGAGAAAGCUGAAGAAGGGCAAAGGUGCCACUGUCACGGUGGUCGUGAUGGAAAAAUUCGACAACGUCUGCACGAAACUACAAGAUCUUCGUUCCGUUUGCAUUCGUGCAUUCGAAUCGGCCCUGAAGCAGUCCUUUCGCUCCCGGGGCUACCGACUCGACGAUUCAAACUUCGCGCCGCCUGCAUUGGCCGCCAAGUCCCACAGAUCGGACGCCAAGCCUAUGAUGACCUACAGGCACAGGGCGGAAAAAAGACAGAACUGCAAAAGAUUGGCAGGAUUUUUACAAUGCAUGGACUAUCAAGUGAUAACAAUGCACAGGAAUUUAAUUUACACAACUUUCAAAAAUCUAUACGAUGUCGUCCAAAGUCACGCUAAAAACUUUCCACCACUAGAAGUGUUGGAAGGGGAUAGAAUUGAUGCAGUGUUUAACGCUAAAAGAAUGAGCAUUAUUGGUCCGAUCGACACGCCUGUAAAACCUUUGUUAACUAUUGCUUUAAUGAUGACAACGUCUGAGGUCAGUUUGAAUCCAACUGAAGAAAUAGUAUUCAAUGAAUUUGAAGAAUUUAUACAAAUGUGGGAAGACUGUUUGUUCGAGUGCAAAAGAUUUCUUUCCGAUCCAUUAUUUUUGCCGUAUACACAUCCGAAAGUUCUGGGUAAAAUUGUGGAUCCAGUGUGUGGUGAUGCACCGGAUAUUCAAUGGAUUUUAGAAAACGAAACCAAAUAUGCUGAAGCGCAAAAAAAGUUUAAAGAUGCACUCAAAAGUUGUUUUGAUAAAGCAAAUAUUUAUAUAAAACGAUUUGAUGUUUUGAAAGACAUGUAUGCCGAGGAUUGUAAGAUGGAUCCGGAGGAAAUUCGUUUUGAAAGAGAUUUAAACGUCCAUAGAAAACUUCUCGAGCGUUUUAAGCAAGAAAUUGGAUUACUCGAAAACAUUCCCGAUAGACAACAUUUGGGAUUAUUUGUGUUAAAACAGGAACCGCUUAAAGAAAUUAUGUUGCCCGUAACAUUGAAACUGCUGAAUGAGCUAUCUUCAACUUUACCAAGAAUCGGUCGAGACAAAGUGCAGGAUAUGUUCCAAAUAGGCGAAGACAUGAUCAGCCAACUGUCCAGGGAACCUCAGACUGGCAAAGACUUUGUGGAUUACUCCGAUUACUUGAACAAAUGCGUCCAGGUGUGCGAAGAACUCAGCGAUGUAUUGGCAUACACGAUGGAAGUCUACGACUUGAUCGAGGAAUACGACAUUUAUGUCAUGGAUGAAGACAAGGAGGCAUUAAAGAACGUCCUAGGACAUUUGGAAAAUGUAAGAAGUCUGGUGAACAGCAAAAUCGAGAACGUCGACGAUUUAACAAAACGUUUUCAAGUUCGUCUGCAGAAGGAACGAGAAUUGCUUUAUGAACGUGCUGAAGAGAUACGGGAUGAGGCUCUUCAGCCAUGGCUCAUUGCUUCCAGUACUCAGCCGACUGUUGCAAAAGCAACAAUUAUGGGUUUACACGAACGAAUGUCAGAGUUGCAAUCUGAAGCUACAACUUUGCAGACUUAUCAAAUAGUUUUUGAUGUCGAAGUCACCGAACACGAUUUCCUGAUCGAGAUACAAGCAGUAGUCCGUCUUCGUCAACUCCUCUGGGAAUGCCUUGAUUCCUGGACGACACGUCUGCAAUUAUGGUACACUAGAGAAUUUAAAUUCUUAGACGUCGGACAAAUGAGAGAUAUAAUCGAGACGAUGUUAAAACAUGCUGCUACACUGGACAAUGGACUUCCAGGAAACGAACUGGUUCGAGUGUUCAAAGAAGAAGUCGAACUGUAUAAGCAGAGACUGCCCAUUGUGCAGAGCUUGAGGAAUGAACAUUUGAAACCGAGACAUUGGCGUCAAAUCGAAGAUAUUUUAGGACGCCGUCUAAUGAUUUCGGAAGAUGAACAUGUAACUCUGCAGAAUUUGGUCGAAGCAGGUUGUUUUAACUUUGCUCAAGAAUUAUCGGAGGUGUCUGCAAAGGCGACUGCUGAAGCAGCAGCUGAGACUGUGCUGAAGAAGGUCGAGGCUAUUUGGAAGGAUUAUGAGUUGAACGUGGUUCCGUUUACAAAUAUGAAGGAUGUGUUUAUUCUCAAAAGGCUUGAUGAGUUGGAGAUGAUGUUGGACGAUUCCCUGGUGCAUAUAAAUACUUUAUUGGCGUCACCCCAUGCUGCUCAUCUGAAGGCUCGUGUGUCGCGUUGGAGCAGGUCGCUGGAGAUUGCCUGCGAGACUCUGGACACCUGGACCGCUUGUCAGAAAUUGUGGAUUAUGCUGCGUACUGCGUUUGCCACCAGAGCAGCUCCGGAGGAGAAUGCAAAGUUUGUGGCUGCUGACAGGGCGUGGAAGGAACUCAUGCGGAAGACUUACAAGAAUCCGUUAGCGAUCCGAGUAUUAGCAGGCGAUGGCCAAAAUAUACCAAUAACAUUGAAGUCUCUACGCCGGUGUUUGUCUUUAUUGGAGCAGUGCAACAGAGUGCUCCGAGCAAGGCUGAAUACUGUACGGGCAGCCUGUCCCAGACUUUCACUGGCCUGCGACACUAAAUUGCUUGCUGCGCUUGGAGCAAAAGCAGGAAUAGGAAAUAUGGCAGAGGCUAUGCCACUGGUUAGAACUUGCUUUGAAGCAAUUCAUAAUUUGGAGUUUGCUGAUAUAUCGAGUCAGGCCCUUGGUCUAAAUGUUGUGUCAAAGGAAAUCAUAGCCUGGAUUUCGCCAGAAGGGGAAAAAGUUUAUUUACAAAUGGGAAUGAAAACCAGAGGCGGCGUUGAAGAAUGGAUAAGGAGAUUGGAGCAAUAUAUGAUGUUGACCCUGCAGAGAGGUUUAAGGGUAGCCAUAGACGACUAUGGAAAGCUAUCACUUACAAAAUGGGUGCUGAAGUAUCCGCUCCAAAUAUCGAUAUUAUCUACUGGCGUUGAAUGGACCAAAAUGGUCCAUCAGGCAUUGGCAUCGACAUCAAAAUCACAGAUGCUUCUCGAAGCUCAAAAGCGGAUCGUUGAAGUUAAAUCGACCUUUGUCAAUUUUCUAAGAGAAGACGCAACUUUAACAAAAUUGCAGAGACGUUUGCUUUCCUCCUUGAUUAUUCAACAAAUAAAACGCAGGGACGGAAUUGAACUGCUGAUUAAAAAUAAAGUGGACAAUGUUAAUGAUUUUAAGUGGACAAAACAGGGACGAUACUACAUGUCCGCCCCUGGAAAUACCCUCUACUUGGAAAUUGCGAGGAUUCGUGUUCCAUACUCUUUCGAAUACUUUGGCGUCCACAAAUCAUUGGCAUACACGCCGUUGACGGAAAGGGCCAGACUUUGCAUUGCAACAGCACUUGCAGGUGUCUUAUCAGAAGGAAGUGGUGGCAUAAGUACUAGCUGUUUAGGAAUAUCCGCCAGUGGUCCGGCCGGAACAGGAAAAACUGAAACGAUCAGAGAACUGGCAAGGGUUGUUGGCACCAGAUGCGUUGUUUUCUAUUGCUCCGAAGGUGUGAUUCACAACAUGAUUACAAGAACUCUAAGCGGUGUCAUCCAGUGCGGCUUCUGGUGCAUCCUGGACGACGUGGAUCGCAUCCAGCCAUCAGUAGCGUCGGUCCUGGGUUCACUUCUCUCCAGCAUAAAAGAUGCCAGGAACACAGGAUACGAGAGAUUUUUAUUCGAGGGAAAAGAAAUCAAUAUACAUAGAAUGGCUGCUUUUUGUAUGACCACCAAUCCUGGUCAUCCAGGCCGAAUGGAGUUGCCGGAGAAUCUAAAAGUUCUAUUUAGACCCAUGGCCAUGAUCAGACCGCAGAUGGAAAUAAUUACCGAAGUAGUUCUAUUUUCAUAUGGAUUUAAAUAUUCUAAAGAAUUGGCAAGGAAAAUCAUCACUUGCUAUGAAAUGUGCAGGGAUCAGUUGAAACAUCGAGAGUACUAUCGUUUCGGAUUGAGAUCCAUCACAUGCGUCUUGGCUCGUGCUGCCAGAUGGAUGCAGAAAGCGCCAGACAUAAUCGAGGAGGAGGCAGUCCUAUGGGCAUUGUGCGAAAAUCAUAUGCCUCGAAUGCUUCAUGCUGACACUGAUGUCUUCAAGGCGAUCUUGAUCGAUUUAUUUCCUACAUUUAAAAGUCCAAAAAGCAAAAUCAGAACGGCAAUCAAAGAAACGGCGGCUCAAUUGAUGAUGGAAAACGGCCUUCAUCCGGUGUCCAAUAAUCUGAAUGACAUGGGACAGCUCUUUGAUGCUUUGAAAAUUCGUACAGGUGUCAUUGUUCUCGGAGAAGCCUGUUGCGGCAAAACUACAAUCAUAAACUACUUGGCAGCGGCACUGGACAAGUUGCAAUUGAGAAAAGAAGAGAAAUCUAACAAUGUUAAUUAUGAAAAUAUUGUUAAAGUCAUCAUUUAUCCUAAGGCGUUGACGUUGGAAAAAUUAUUUGGAGGAUUCGACGAAGCAUCUGGGGAGUGGAUCGACGGUCUGAUUGGUCUAACUGUUCGUAAAGCAUCGAAAGAUACGACAGGUGCUUACCAAUGGAUCAUUUUCGACGGGCCUAUCGAUUGUUUUUGGGCCGAAAAUUUGAAUUCGGCCUUGGACGAAACGGCCAGGCUUUGUUUAGCUAAUUCAGAUCGAAUUGUAUUGACUAAAUACGUUCGAUUCAUCUUUGAAUCGGCGACCGUGGACAUGGCAUCUCCGUCUACAAUAUCCAGAUGUGGUAUAGUGUACGUGGAACCUGAAGGUUUGGGUUAUAAACCACUAAUCAAAUCUUGGUGCGGUCAGAAGACCAUGCAGGAUUUUGUUAGCUCCGAACAUCUGGAAUUGUUAAACAACCUGUUCGAGAAGGAUCUUGAAAACAUGUUUAAAUUUGUUAAGAUGACCUGUAUUCAACAAGUUAAUCAGGUGAAUAUGAGCAAGGUAAAAAUGCUCUGCUCUCUUUUGGAAAUUUUACUCCUUGAUAACGACAAGGUGGAUAUGAUGGCACCGGAAUCAACAACUUAUCUGCUCCAAAGUUUUGCAUGGGCAUCACUCUGGUCUCUCGGAUCCAACUUAACGCAACCAUCCAAAAAUAAACUAGAAAUAUACAUAAGAAAAAUGUUCCAACAAAUAAAUGAUAGCAACCUGAGCGAUGUUGCUAAUUUAUGGUAUGUCUACAUGGAUACGAACGAAUUGGUUUUCAAAAAGUGGUCGGACGCAGUACCAAAAUUUACAUAUGAUCCUCAACAGCCAUUUAAUGAAAUCUUUGUACCAACGGUGAACACGGAAAUGAUAAAAUAUGUUGGAGGCAUGUUGUUGAAUGCUAAAAAGCCUAUAAUGUUAACCGGAGAUGCCGGACAAGGAAAGUCUGCAAUGGCAGGACAAAUUCUUGAUUAUGUUUCACAAUUGAAUCCAGUGUACGAAGUUUGCCGAGUUCGUCUGUCGGUGUCGACCAACAUCUCGAGGGCUCAGCGGAAGUUCGAGCGGAUAUUGGAACGGAGAGCCAGGAAAGCCAUUGGGGCGCCUUACGGAAAAAAGGUGCUCGCCCAUGUGGACAACGUCGCCAUGAGCAUCGUUAAUGGCGAUAUUGGAUGCACCGAGAUGUUCAGGCAAUACCUGGAGCACGGAGCCAUAUACGAUUACAACAAGUUAUCCUGGUUGCGAGUAAUAGAUUGCGUGAUGUCCUGCUCCUGUUCGAGUGCAGCAGGAAUGACGUUUCCGUUGCGCGCACGUUUCGUUCGACACUUUAACGUCAUGGUUCCGCCGGAGAAGGACGACGCCGAAACUCGACGCAUUUUUGGGAGUAUGCUGACUGGUCACUUUCUGGCAGGAUGCGUUCAGGACGAUAAACCAACAGAACAAAUAACUAAAAUAUCUGAAACUUUGACUGAAUGCUUGAUAACUCUAAUAACCAGGCUGAAAAUAGAAUUGCCGACAACUCCUCAUCGAGCACAUUGCCAAUAUUCUUUGACUGUGAUGUCAAUGUUUGUCCAAGGUCUAAUGUUGGUGAAAGAUAUCUCACAUCAAACUACUAAGUUGGCACAGAGAUUGUUCUACCAUGAGGGCUUGAGAGUUUUUCACGACAAGUUGACUGAACUCUCCGAUCGCGAAGACAUCAAACUGAUCCUUCGCAAUGUGGUUCAAGAACAUUUUGGAGAAACUCUACAAGAAAACGAAAUCUUAUUUGGUGACGUGAACAAGGACAAUAGGCAAUACGUGUAUCUUAAGGAUUAUGAUGAAUUAAGAGCUAACUUAGCAGAAUCCUUGCAAGGAUUCUCAUCGAAGAAUGUUGUGACUCCGAUGUUGAGCAAUUACGUUAUUGAACAUAUGCUCAUCAUUUGCAGAAUUCUGAAGUUAACGAGAGGUUGCGGUUUACUGAUCGGACUCAGUGGCACAGGGAAAAGAGGUAUCACAAAGUUGGCGGCUUAUAUUAAUGAAUAUCCUUGUGAUCAAAUUGAACCUUUGAUAAGUUACGAUCGAUACUCAUUCCAUGAAGAUCUCAGGCAAAUAUACUGGCAGACUGGCAUAGCAAAGGAGAAAAGGAUCCUGAUGUUUUCUGAUACCCAAGAAUCUGUGAAACGAAAUAUUUUGCAGGAUUUGAACGAUGUUUUACGUACUGGCGAUGUUCCUGAAUUAUAUGAAGAUGACCAAUUGGAAAAAGUGAUCGUCGCGUGGAGAGUCAAACACAUGGAACAAGAAACGAGGACGAGCAAAUUAUACGAAUCCUUUAUUAGGACCGUCAAGGAUAAUCUCCGUGUCAUCAUCUGCAUGAAUCCAACUCUGGACUCGCUUAGAAAAAAAAUUCGUGAUUACCCAGGCUUGGUGAAUAAUUGUGUCAUUGACUGGUUCAGCUCUUGGCCAUCAGAAGCUUUAGAGCACGUCGCCAAAGUUUCACUUAAGGAUCUGAGUGACCAGAAACAUUUUGACAAAUUGCUCGAAAUGAGCGUUUACAUGCACAAGACCAUAGAAGAUUUCAGUCAAAAGUACUACUCGACCACAAGUAAGUUGCGUUGCUACGAGAUAACUCCGAGUACUUUCUUCGGUUUUAUAAAAUCUUAUAUAAAACUUCAUGCGAGUCGAACGGAAUUUCUGAUGUCGAACAAGAACCGAAUUGCGACAGGUUUGAAAAAAAUUGACGAAACUAAAAAUGUCGUUGAAGCCAUGCACGUGGAAUUGAAGGAACUGGAACCUCAAUCUUCGGAGAAGUCGUAUGUUUUGCAGGAGUUGGCUGAAAGUUUGGCAGCGGAACAAAAGAAAGAGCUUAAGGCUAAGUCCGUGGUUGGAAAGGAAGAAGUUCUUGCCAAGGAGAAGGCGAUGGAAUGCACCCGUCUGAUGCAGGAAGCGCAACGAGAGAUGGACGCAGCGAUACCCGCCCUGGAGGCUGCUGAAACAGCUCUCAACUCGAUAACAAAGCCGGAUAUUAUCGAACUUCGAGCCAUCUCCAAGCCGCCUCAUCUCAUUGUUUUUGUUAUGGAAGCAGUGUGCGUUUUAUUAGGAGAAAGGGCCGAUUGGUCAGUGGCAAAAUCUUUGAUGGGAGAUCCUAGAUUUCUAGAUCGUUUGCAUAGUUUAGAUAAGAAUAAUAUCGACGACAAGCAAUUGCUGAAAUUGAAGGAUUACGUUAAUAAUAAAGACUUUCUUCCCGAUGCAGUCAUCAAAGUAUCCAAGACGGCCAAAUCUCUGUGCGUUUGGGUGAAAUCAGUAGAAAUUUACGCCAAAAUAUACAGAUCCAAUGAACCCAAAAGGAAAUUAGCUGAAAACUGCGAAAUCGAACUGGAUGAGCUUAUGUUAUCGUUUAAGGAGAAACAAAGACAACUUUCCAAAAUUGAAGAGAAGAUACAAGCUAUUCAAGAUGAGAUGGAUGAGAAUCUAAAAAUCGAGGCUGAAUUGAAAGAUAAUAUCGAGCUGUGCACCACCAGGCUGUUGAGAGCGUCCAGACUCAGUUCCGCAUUGGGCGACCAGCAGAUUAUUUGGACACAGAACGUAAAAAAGUUCGAAAAAGACCUAUCAACACUCCCCGGAGACGUUUUACUGUGUGCCGGUUUCAUAGCUUAUUUGGGCCAAUUUUCUCAAAACUACCGCAACAUGAUCAUUGGCAUUUGGGGCGUUGCCACCAAGUUGGCAGGAAUUCCAUGUUCGGAAAAAUUUGACUUUGGAUCAGUGAUGUGCGAUCCGCACCAAGUCCGUGUUUGGGUACACCAGGAUCUUCCACGAGAUGUCACUUCUAAAGAGAAUGCCAUAAUUAUAAUGAACUCAGUCAGGUGGCCAUUGAUAAUAGAUCCACAGUUGCAGGCAAAUCGUUGGAUCAGAAAUUUAGAAAAAGACAACAACCUAAGAAUUCUAAAAAUGCGAGCCCCAAAUAUCUAUCGAUCUAUAGAAGUUUGCAUGCGUACCGGUCGACCGAGUGCGAACGAAUCUCUGCAAGAUUCCGAUGUACCUAAAUUUCGUUUGUAUAUGACGUCUCGUGUUGCCAAUCCUCCGGAGGCAUGCAGAUCAGCAGAAGUGACUUUGGUCGACUUCAGUGCUACAAGAGAAGGCCUGGAAGAGCAAAUUUUAUCAGAAGCCUUAGCCUUGGAAAGACCCGAUUUAGAAAAGCGUGAUGAUGAAUUGGCUGCAAAAAUAACGGCAGACAAAAAAUAUAUAUCAGAACUCGAAGACCAAGCAUUAAAUGUCUUGUUUUCUGCUACAGGGUGCCUUUUAGACAACGAAGAGUUGGUCGAUACAUUGAACCGAAGCAUGGAAACAUCACUGAUAAUUUUAUCAAGGCUACAAAGCCAUGAGAAGAUUGAAACAAAAAUUACCAAGGAAAGGAACAGGUAUCGGCCGCUGGCUGCAAGAGGGGCCGCAUUGUACUUUGUGGUUGCGCAAUUGGCGGAUAUCGAUGAAAUGUAUCAGUUUUCCUUGAAAUAUUUUAAACAGAUAUUGAGAAAUGUAAUCGUCAGAACUCCAAGAUAUACAAAUAUUAAAGAGAGACUUUUGUUCUUGAUGCAAGCUACAAUUUAUGAAAUUUACGACGAUAUUUCGAGAGGUCUUUUCGAAAAACACAGGACAAUUUUCUUGCCUGGUGCUGUCGCAGUGAAAUCUGAUAUAAAUUGGUCAAAUAAAUUAAAACCUUUCGAUAAACUCAUCCUGAUACAAAUAUUGCAAGAAGUGAAUCUGAGAAAGGCAAUGGCCGCUUAUGUGACCUUAGUUUUGGGAAAAGAAUUCACUGAAAACCGAACUAAACCUAUGAAACAAAUACUUUUUAAUUCGGACUGCAGAACUCCGAUAGUGUUCAUCCUGACUCCAGGUGCGAAUCCUCUUUACGCGAUACAAUUUGUCGCCUCGAAACCGAUGCCACUUCUUCAACCGAUCCACGUGCCCGAGAAGACAGAACUAACUGAAGGAAUACAAGAAGAGGACUUGGGUUCUGUUUCUGGAAAGGUGCCGAAAGAAAAGAGCCAAUCGUCCACCGGCACAAAAGCGAGCGGCCUCGACAUUGGCGAAGCACCAUUGUCGACCAGCGACACUGCGCGCCCCUUCAGCCGCGCGGCAUCCAGGCACGGAGACUCCUCAUUUCUCGAACAAUUUGCCCUGGAUUCGGUCAUAGGUUCAGAUUUAGGAUCUAGGACUCCAGCCAGCUCCAAAUCGGAUUCGGUGAGAUCCUCAAGACAUGCUUCGAAAUCAGCAUCUAUGGUUGGAUCUCUAGACCAACAGUUGGCGCAACAAUCUCAUCAAUCCAUCGAACAAUACGUUCUAUUGCCAGAAACAAGUUACGAAAAGAAGUUCUCCGUCUUUGGAAAUAUGCUAUUUGAACCGAGAUUAGAAAUAGUCACUUUGGGCCGGGGACAGGAACAUGCUGCAGAAUCAGCCAUCGAGAGGUCCUGGUUGCCGCAAUUGGAUUCCAUUAUUCAAGAGAUUGGAUCGGGUGAUCCGACUAGAUCAGUUUCAGUGCAUCCUACAUUCCGCUUGAUGAUGACUUGUGACAAUGUUCAAAAAUCUGAAUCCAAAAAUGCUAGUUCAGAGGGAGCAAUGCGAGCCUGUUUGCGCGACUGCUCAAAAUACGCAUGCGAAAAACAAUGGACUGUCAGAUCUCACCUCAAGUAUGCCUUAGAAGAUCUCCAGCAGGAAGACUGGUUCGAAGAACAUCCUCUGGGUCGACGCUGGCGAUCCAUGAUUUUUGGCCUCCAGUUCUUCCAUGCCGUAAUUUGCGAAAGAUCUUUGUUGCCUGCGUCUAUUGGGUGGAUGCAGUCGCCUCCAUACCAUUUUUCUUAUUAUGACCGUCGAUUUGCUAUGGAGGAAGUGAAGCAGCGUUGUCUGGAGGCUGCAGGGGAUAGCCUUUUUUAUAGCGGAAAAAGAUACAAGAUACCUUGGGAGGAUUUGUUAUAUUUGGUCGGAAUGGUCAUAUACGGAGGUAACAUAACAAAACAAAAUGAUAUGCGUUUGCUGCAAACAAUAUUGGAAAAUUUCUUCUCUGAAAGGGCCAUAAGGGAAGAACAUUUGUAUUCAGAAUCAGGAAUAUACUAUUGUCCGGAUUAUGAAACUUUACAGGAGUUUCAGAAAUACGUUGAUGAAUUACCACACCAAAGCACUUGUGAACUUUUCGGUUUGCAUGAUAAUGUGGAUUUGAUUUAUUUGACGCAAGAAAAUCGUAAUUUGAUUUCAUCUCUUACCAAAAAAGAUAUUGUGGAUGAAGAUUCUAAAUCUGCAUAUGAUGAAAUAGUGCAUAACAAGACUGAUUUUAUAAUAGAUCAUUUACCUAAAACUAUCGCAACAAAUAAAAUGUAUUCUCAACUGUCACAGAAGGAUUCUGGUGGCUACUUUUCGCCUUUGACAUGCGUACUUUUGCAAGAAGUUAGUCUCUAUAACAAUUUAUUGGCAGUAGUGCACACGUCUGUGGAUAACAUAGAAAAGGCCUUAAAGGGUAUGUUAUUACUGUCUGAUGCUCUGGAAGACGUCUACACAUCUCUAUAUCAUGAUAAAAUACCAAAAACCUGGUCUCAGAAAAGCUACAGAUCUACUAAAUCGCUUGCUGAAUGGGCGUAUGAUCUUCAAAUCAGACUGGACUUUAUUGAAAAUUGGUACAGUUUCGGUGAGCCUUUGAGUUACUGGUUUCCAGGAUUUUUCGAACCUCGAGGAUUUCUCUCAGCCAUCAAACAAGUCUUCUGUAGAAGAGGACAAAGUUCUCUAGACCAAGUUACGCUCGACUUUAACGUCCUGCCAAAUCUAAUUGAACAGGAGGAUAUUUUUAAAUCUCACAGAGAAGGAAUGACCGAUGCAUCAUUUCUCUACGGAGAUUUACCUACAUCAUCCAUCGUCAUCCACGGUUUGUAUCUACAAUGUGCCAAAUGGGAUUUUAAAAAUAAAAUUUUAGCGGAGCAGGAUUUAAACAAAAUAUACUCUCAGAUGCCUGCCAUCAAAAUAACACCUCGUUUAGAUGGCAUUUUGGUGUUCCGCAAAGAUCAUUACGAGGCCCCAGUGUAUGGAAUUUCCGAUUGUGAGCAUUGUACGGCCACUUCGGUAGACGAUAGAAGUUCCAAUUUUAUCACAAGUAUUCUUUUGCCGUCGAAGAAAAAAAGUGAAUUUUGGAUAUUGAGAAGUGUGAUGCUGCUGUGUCAAAUUGAGAAUUCGGAUGGUAAAUGA